CAAAAAGUACACGGACCUGUAACAAAUAAUCAAACUUUAUUUUGAUUCGAACUUUGGCUCAAACUGUGUGAAAACCGACCAACAGCUGGAGGCGUAGCAAGCCACACUAUUGAGCUGCCACUGUCUGGUCUCCCUACAUAUGCUGCAUUUAAAACAACUGGGUACUCGGGAAAAAAAUACCAUGUCAAAUCAUGACGUCAGUGAUCUUCUGGUCGGAGCUCUAGACAGAGGCCCGAGCUCCCGAGUUUGAUGACUGUUCAAAUCGAUAUUUCCCAGUCGGAGCUAUUCUUUUCCCCCGAGUUCCCAGUUAUUUUGAACGCUCCGAACUCGGAGAUUUCCUAGUUCCCCGUUGUUUUGAACGCGGCAUUAACAUGACCACCACUGUGCACAGCAAGCAACUGUAGAAUUCAACAUGGCUGCCUUUCACGGUCAGUAAGGGAGUUAUUUUCAAGUCAGAAGCGGAUAGUUAGCGUUUCACUAUCUAAAUCCAGAGAGAAAUACAUUUUCGUAGCCCGGGCCUCUCAAGCAGACCGCGAUGGCUCAGUGCGUACAGUCGGUGCAGGAAUUCAUCCAGGACUCGUUUGUCCCGAUGGUGGCGGUCCUGUGCAGCGAAGAUGCGGAGAAAGUGACUCGUAAAAACAACCUGAAUUUCUCGGAGCUGCUAAGGCCCUUCUGCCGGUUAACAUCCGAAGGUCACAUGAGGGAUCCCAGCAACCAGGUGCAGGUGGUGAAGAACCUUCGCAUCAGUGUCAACAACGUGGUGACACGCCCUUCUGUCCCUUCCUCCGGCGUCCCUGGCCAUGCCCACCGACGGCUGCUCAGCGAGGUGGUGUUGACAUGCCAACCGGCUGAGGGUGGUGUUGCCAAUGUCAUUACUGCUGGUGACUAUGAUCUCAAUAUUAGUGAUCGCUCUCUUAAAGCUAGCGUCCCCUGGUACAGUGACUGGAGGGACACACUAACGGAACUCAGCACCUCCAAGCACUACACAGCCACGACUCCCUGGUUUGAGGCGUACAGAGAGAGCUUCCUCCAGUCCAUGCCUGCCUCCGACCAUGAGUUCCUCAACCACUACCUCGCCUGUCUUUUGGUGGUGUCGUCCAGUGAGGCUGUACCAGUGGAGAAGUUCCUCAAGCUGUCUCAGGAGCAGCACAGGAUCCAGCACAGCGGCGAGUACACCAACCCCAAGUGGUUCAUCCCCAACACACUCAAGUACUAUGUCCUACUUCACGACAUGAGCCAGGGAGACGAACAGAGGGCUGACUCUGUGUAUGAGGAUAUGAAGCAGAGGUAUGGUGCUCAGGGUUGUUACCUGUUGAAGGUCAACUCUCGUACGGCGGCAGCGGGAGCAGACGAACAGAUCCCAGACCCAUGGAGCCAGUACCUUCACAAGAGUAGCCUGCAAAGCCAGGAUCAGUAUGAGGAUCCAGCCCCUGUAGUGGUGAACAACACGGCUGUAGAGAACAACGUAGGAGGAACAUCCGAGGUGGAUGGACACGACUCGGAAGAGAAAGAUGGAGUCUUGGUCAACAGUCUGGACAACACCCAUCCCCUCCAGCUGGAUACACCCAGUGACACGCCCGGUAGCCUCGACGCUCUCAGGGCCGUCGCCGUGGAAACCAAGCCACCGCCCCUCGCCACGGGAGUGGCAGCGGCCACCAGCCAUGGGGCGUGCCUCACGCUGAACGACCACGACCGCAUCAGACUGUUCAUCCAGGAGUUUACCUUCAGGGGACUACUGCCUCACAUAGAGAAGAACAUCAGACAGCUCAAUGACCAGCUGGUCUCCAGGAAAGGCUUGAGUCGCUCUCUUUUCUCUGCCACUAAGAAGUGGUUUGGAGGAGGGAAAGUUCCAGAGAAGAGUAUCGCUGAACUGAAGAACACUUCUGGCCUCCUCUAUCCCCCAGAAGCCCCUGAGCUGCAGAUCAGGAAGAUGGCUGACCUUUGUUUCCUGGUUCAGCUCUAUGACCUGGCGUACAGCUGCUACCACACGGCCAAGAAGGAUUUCCUCUCUGACCAGGCCAUGCUCUAUGCCGCUGGGGCACUGGAGAUGGCAGCAGUGUCUGCGUUUCUUCAAGUUGGAGCUCCAAGGCCGUAUCCAGCACACUACAUGGACACGGCAAUACAGACCUACAGAGAUGUGUCCAAGAACAUGGUUCUAGCUGAACGUUGUGCUCUGCUCAGUGCUGAGGUACUGAAGAGUCAGGCCAAGUACUCUGAUGCUGCUACCCUCCUCAUCAAGAUGACCAGUGAGGACUCUGACCUGCGUUCUGCCCUCCUAUUGGAGCAGGCAGCCCACUGUUUUAUUAACAUGCGGAACCCCAUGGUCAGGAAGUUUGCCUUCCACAUGAUCCUGGCAGGACACCGCUUCAGCAAGGCAGGGCAGAAGCGCCAUGCGUUGCGGUGUUACUGCCAGGCCAUGCAGGUGUAUAAGGGUAAAGGCUGGUCCCUGGCUGAGGACCAUAUCAACUUCACUAUUGGCCGCCAGUCCUUCACCCUGCGCCAACCAGAGAACGCUGUCACAGCUUUCAGACACAUCCUCACCAAUGACAGCCAGCAGACCUCCACACAGCAGGGAGCAUUCCUCCGGGAAUACCUCUACGUCUACAAGAAUGUUACGGGGGCAUGUGAGGUGGCGCUACCCCAGCUGCCCCUACCCUGCAUCAACAGCUCUGCCACCAGGGUCUACUUCGGCCAUGAACGCCGCCUGGCAGAGGGUGAGAAGCAGGCAGCCACCCACGUGUCCUUGGACCAGGAGUUUGACCGGGACCUAGCUGCCAUGUGGCAGGACCUCGAGGAAAAGGUGGUUGCCGCCGCAAAACGUGGGGUCGUUCCAGCAACGUUUCAAUCCACCCAGUGCUGCCUGAACAGUCAGACGGACAACCUCCGCUUCCCGCUUGCUGUUGUGGAGGAACCCAUCAUAGUUGAGGUGGUGUUCCGGAAUCCUCUAAAGGUUCCACUGGUUCUCUCUGACCUCUCGCUGCUCUGGAAGUUUACACUCAAAGACUUCAAUCGACCGCAACCGCAGGAAGACUCGGUCGGAGAUGCUGUGCCCAUCAGCAACGAGAAGGAGGCCAGCGUUCCGAGGACUUCACAGAAAGAUGAUGUCAUUGCCACAGAAGUCAUCCCAGAGUUCUACCUGAGCCCUGAGGAGACUAAAUUGGCUCGUCUGAAGCUGCUGCCCCACCAGACAGGUCAGCUCAACAUCCUGGGUCUAGUCUAUAAUCUGGCCUCCACCUCCUCUACUGGAGACACUACUAUCAACAGCACCGCAGCUUCACAGACCGAAGGUCCCUCAGCGGCAGAGGGGACAUCAGUUCGUGGUCGACAGGACCUAGAGAUCCAGGGACCGCGGUUGAACCAGACCAAAGAGGAGAAGACCUCAGUCAGCCACGGUCCUGACCGACGUCUUGACCCCACCAUCACCCCUCCCAUGCCCCUGCUAGAGGUAUUCUUCCUCCAGUUCCCUACUGCCCUGCUAUGUGGUGAGAUCAGAAAGGCUUACGUGGAGUUCUGUAACAUGAGUCGCGUUACCCUGUGUGGCCUGCGGGUGGCGUCCACGCACCCAGACUUUUUUACCUUUGGAAGCUCCUCCUUAGCCACACCUCUCACCCCCCUCAGCCCCACCUCUUUUGAAAACUGCUCCGCCUACAAGACCCUGGCCACACCCCCUGGCGCCACGCCCGGGUCUGUUGCUGCGGUGACACUGGUUUCAGAGGGGGACUUUGGGUCUGGGACAGGGUUGAGGGGAGGAGGAGUGUCCGGUGCGGGUAAAGGGAUAACGGAGAUCCCUCUAGGAGAGGGGACACUAAAGCCUGGAGAAUCUACCCAGCUGCCCAUGUGGCUGAGAGGACCGGACCAGGAAGGAGUCCACGAGAUCCACUUCCUGUUCUACUACGAGAGUGCCGAGAAGGGAGGCAAGAUCAGUCACAGGGUGUUGCGUCACACUGUAUUUAUUUGUGCGAGUCGUUCGCUGUCUGUUCGGGCCACAGCUUGUCGUAGUAACACACUACCUGAGGAGGAGGAGGAGAGGAACGGCAGCAUGCUGGUCUUUGUUGACGUGGAGAACAUCAAUUCGAGCGAGGCUGGGGUGCGUGAGUUUCACAUUGCACAGGUCUCUAGCAGCAGUAAACAGUGGAGACUACACAAGUGUAUAAACCCAGCAGAAGACAAAGACUGCAAACUCACCAGCAGAGAGAGAGGAAAGCUGUGCUUCAGAGCAACACGAUGCAAACCCCUGCAAGUUACCUUGAAGGCAGCAGAGAAAUACACAUUUGCAGACCUGAGCCUUGGGAAUGAACUGAUCAUCACCUCCACCACUCCAUGUGCAGAUUUCUUCUUCCGGAGGUGUCAGCCCUUGGAGUCUCUGAGACCUCCCGUUGCCAUGGAGACACAGGGGAGACAUUCCAGGAGUCAGGGGGUGGGGCAUGGGGGCGGGGACAAGGAUAUAGCGGGCGUGGUCAGGAAGUGUAAUGAGGUGGACCUCGACAUCAUCAUCCUCUGGAAGGCAUUUGUUGUUGAGGACAACAAGCAGGUGAUCCUAGAGGGACAGCUUCAUGUGGCCCUACAGACCAUCGACAAAGAGGCCUGCUCUUUGACACAGAAAGAGGAGGCUCAGGAGAUGGUGCUGCUGAAGUUUAAACCGGAGCUGCCGCCUCCAAUGACACGGCCCUCUAUGGAACAACUCUCCCACCUCAUCAAGACCAACCUGCAGUACCCAGAGAGCUACAGCCAUCCCUUCAAUCAGAAGAGUCUGUGUAUGGUUCCAGUCACUUUGACUCUGUCUAACUGCUCCCUGGCUCAAGUUGAUGUCAUCAUUGACCUACGCCACAAAGCUACAAGCCCUGAGUCUCUCGAGGUGCAUGGUUCGUUUACAUGGCUGGGCCAGACACAAUUCAAAAUGCAGUUGGGGGCACAAGAAGUGAUGCGAGUGCAGCUGCGAGCCUGCUUCCUGCAUGCGGGCGUCUAUAAUCUGGGAACGCCACGGGUCUUUGCCAAACUGGCGGACCAGGGAGCCAUGUGUGAGACCAGCCAGCAGACGGCCACGCCAGCACUCAUCAUCAUCAUCAACAGCACCUGAACAUUGUCCCGCCCCAUCAUCAAUAGCCAAUUAACCAUCUGUCAAUCAUCACUAGCAAGGCUCCAGAAUCCCCCAUUGGUUGGCAACAACAGGGUUGAGAGAAGCACCCAGCAAGAAAUAUCUUCCACAUCCCAUCUUUCCACCCAGUUUCAAAUCACCCACUCUACUCCCCGCCCUAAAAAGUUGACACAGUUUUCCAAUUAUGUAAAAACAAAAUAGAAUGUUCUAGUUAAAUUGUGCAUCAGUUCAGCUUGUAACCACUUUGAUGGUCUGACUUAACUAUUUUAUGUCCCAGCAACAAAGCAAAACAUCAUGGAUUUACAUGUGGAAGAAGGAACUAUUUUCUCUCUCUGCAUAUGAGUCUAUCAUCUCAGUGGAGGCGCGUGAAAGGGAAGGACACAGAACAGACAAAGACAUUCUAAGCAAAGACAAUGACCUGUCUCCUAUGGUAACGGUGGCAUCUGUCUGCCGCCAGAGAUUUUUAUUUUAUUUUUACUGUUGAAAAAAGAAUCACAGGUUGUUGUUGAGAUAUCACAGUAGUGAUUGCAUUGUUUACUUCCUGGAUUAACCUGGAUGAGGAAGUAGAAAGAACUGCCCCACAUGGACCAGACUGUCGGCACAUCACAAACCCUUCAGAAUAUGAACCAGAGGUUGACCACUAUACUAUGAUGAACGAAUCCUUUGACUGACAGGCCCUGAUGCUGCCUGCCCCACCUGUCUGUAGUCCAUCUGGAUUUUCUGUGCUGUCAGUCCCCACGAGCACACACGUAAUUUUCUACAAAACAAACUAAUGAAUCAAUCAAAUCAAAAUGUUCCCUGUACUUCUCCCUCAUUGGACCUCCUCCACCUUGUGAUCAAGCUGUUAUUUAAAUGUAUGUAUUUACUCAACUGCUUUUCAGAUGAAAAUGAUGUAUUAUAUUUAUAACAAAUUUACUGUAAAUAGAAAUAAAACGUAACCAAUGAUA